AUGGUCAGCCCCCACAAAGAACUGGUUCAGCCCACUGGGCUCAGCCCCCGAUCCGUACUCCCCCUCCUGCGCAAACAACGGCUUCAUUCUUUCAGGCCUCUGCUGACCUCUUUGUCUCUUUGUGAAGCGAAAAUCCCGAGUUGCAUUCUGACCAAAUGGCAGCGAGCACGCUGGACAGGACAGCUGGGGAGAGGAGAGGAGCACAACGACGAGCCGAGCGCAGCUGAACACCUAGGCAGAGUGGAUGGAGUCUCGCGGCUGAACAAGGGCGGCAGCGUCCACCACAGCCACGACUUCCUCCCCAGCACCCACGGCAAAAACAUGAGUCUGGGUGCUGAUUCACUGUCUGUCAUUGAGAACCCGGGGGCCGUUGGGCCCACGGUGUACCCGGGGAAGCAAGAGGGGCCAGCAGGGGAGGGGGCAACCGAGGGCCCCCCUGCCUGGGUCAGAGGAACCGGGACGCCACACCAAGUGUUCAGGCCGCCAUCGGGGAGCGUGGCGGUUCAGAGGCUUGCCCGGUUCCUGGUGGCGCUGUGUGUCCUCGGCCUUUUGGGGGGAGUGGCCGUGGGAGUGUGGCACAUUGUGAAGCUGCUUUUGAAGCCUACCUCCUCCCAGAGCCCAGCUGGGUUUGAGGACACCAAAGAGACGUCCUUCUGUAAUGUGACAGAUGACAUUUCCGUGACAGACCCGCGGAAAGGUUCAGUUUUUUACAGGAUCAGUCCAGAGAAUUCGCUGCUGGAGAUCCAACUGGAGAGGCUGCCCACAUGGCUGCCCGUCUGCUACGAGCGCUGGAACUCCUCACUGGGCACGCUCGUGUGCCGACAGCUGGGCUACUUCAGGUUAACCAAACAUAAAGGAGUCAAUUUAACUGACAUUGGACCAAACUACACAGAUGGGUUUGUUCAGAUUGCCUCAGAACAACAGACCAGUCUGGAGAGCUUAUGGCAGUUUAGGGGAAGCUGCAGUACUGGGAAGGUUAUUGCUUUGAAGUGUUUUGAGUGUGGCAUGAGAGCGAAGCUGCCUCGCAUCAUCGGGGGCGUGGAGGCGACGCUGGGCAGGUGGCCGUGGCAGGUGAGCCUCUAUUACAGCAAUCGACACACCUGUGGAGGAUCCAUCAUCACCAGCCAGUGGAUCGUCACCGCUGCACACUGCGUGCACAACUACAGACUACCUCAGGUGUCCAGCUGGGUGGUCUAUGCUGGGAUUGUGACCCGAAACUCAGCCAAGAUGGGGGAGUACAUUGGCCACGCCGUAGAGAAGAUCAUCUACAACAAGAACUACAACCACAGAACGCACGACAAUGACAUCGCGCUCAUGAAACUUAAGACGCCUCUCAAUUUCUCAGACACCAUCAGACCAGUGUGUCUGCCCAAGUACGACUUCGACCUGUCGGGAGGAACACAGUGCUGGAUCUCUGGCUGGGGAUACACACAGCCUGAUGAUGUUCAUAUCCCAGAUACUCUGAAGGAGGCCCCAGUGCCGCUCAUCAGCACCAAGAAGUGCAACAGCUCCUGCAUGUAUAACGGAGAGAUCACUCCCAGGAUGCUCUGUGCUGGCUAUACAGAGGGCAAAGUGGACGCGUGCCAGGGGGACAGUGGCGGUCCGCUGGUGUGCCAGGACGACGGUGUGUGGCGGCUGGUGGGGGUGGUGAGCUGGGGAACGGGCUGCGCCGAACCCAACCACCCUGGCGUCUACACCAAAGUAGCAGAGUUCCUGGGCUGGAUCUACGACAUGAUCGAGGGUUACUGAGGGAGGAGGGAGUAGAAGAGCAGAGAUCUCCACACACACACACACACACACACACACACACACACACACACACACACACACACACACACAC